GCCCUUCCACUCUCUUCUCUUGUUCCGCUCCGCCAUUCCCAGCUCUCUCACACACACAAACGCACACGCACACACAGACACAAUCCGGCGCACACGCACAUUACAAUACCGCUAGUUCUUCGCAAUGCAGUUCAAGAACAUUCUCGCCGCCGGUGCUGGCCUGGCUGCUACAUCCGUUUCCGCCGCCGUCGCUCGCGACGAUGCCGCAGUGAUCGUCCAUGAAGUCGUCACCUACAGCCCGUCGGUCGUCUACUCGACUCGCGUUCAGACCGUCACGGAAUGUGGUGCGGACGUCACCGACUGUCCCGACAUCACUGGCGUCCUCACCUCUGUCAUUGACAGCACCACCACCAUCUGCCCCGUCACAGCCACGGCUAUUAUGUCCACUAGCGGUGUGCCGAAUCCCAGCAACUCGGGCCCACUUCAAACUGUCACCAUCACGUUCACCAACUCGAGCACUGCGUGGGCUAGCACCGAGACUGCCCCUGCUCAAGCCUCCAGCGUCGCCCUCAGCGGCUGGAGCUCCUCCGGCGCACCAUCCUCGAGUGAGCAGCCAGGGGCCACUCUCGCUUCGCCAGAGGAAGCAAGCAAGACGGAGACUGCCAGCGCCGCCAAAUCGACCUCUUUCGUCUACGCUACCAUUACUCUCCCAGCAACCGCCUCGAGCUCUACCAGCGGUCCAAGCAGCUCUGCCAGCGGUCCAAGCAGCUCUGCCAGCGGUCCAAGCAGCUCUGCCAGCGGUCCAAGCAGCUCUGCCAGCGGUCCAAGCAGCUCUGCCAGCGGCCCAAGCAGCUCUGCCAGCGGUCCAAGCAGCUCUGCCAGCGGUCCAAGCAGCUCUGCCAGCGGCCCAAGCAGCUCUGCCAACAGCACUGUUCCGAUCACUACAGCAGCUUCGACCUUCUCGACCAACGCGGUCGGUCCAGUAGGUGGCACUGGCGCCGCAAGCGGCACUUUCAGCUACUCGGCCAAUGGCACCCUGGCAACUGCGACCACACCUGCUGUGUCUGAGUCGAUUGUGCCAUUCCUCGGCGCCGCCGCACACGACGUGGGCUCGCCUCUCCUAGUGCUGGCCAUGCUGGCUGCAUACCCUUUUCUGGUUUGA